AUGGCGUCCUACGAGAUGAAAGAUCAAACAAUUCAAAGCAGUCGAGAGGUGGAUGAUAUGUCCAAGAGCGACCGUGAUGAUUUGCAACUUCAACGACUUGGCAAAAAGCCUGUGCUAAAGGCACUGCAUGCUGUUUCAUUGUCUUAUCGGAGCUAUCAUCCAUGUUCGUUGUCCUCUGCUGUUCUCGAGAAUGUAAAACUUACCAUCGUCCCAGGGCACCUACAUCAGGUGGUCAAUACCACUGGGUGGCUUACUACAAUUGGCUGGCAAGCAGCAUUCGCUUCAGCAAGUUAUAUGUGCGGAACAGAGAUCCAAGGUGUUGUUAUUCUCGCUUGGGAAAACUAUGAUCCUAAGGCAUGGCACGGGACAAUGAUCGUGUGGUGCUCUCUUCUCGUUGCAUUCGGGGCAAACAUGAUUGGAGGUAAAUUUCUCCCACGCGCAGAAAGUCUCAUCUUGGUGGUUCACAUCCUUGGAUUCUUUGGAAUUUUGAUUCCCUUGGUCUAUAUGUCAAACCACAAGAGCACAAACGAAGUGUUCACCGAGUUUACGAAUGGUGGAGAGUUUGCCACGGAUAGUCUUUCCUGGUUUGUGGGGAUGACUGGUUGUGUGUUUUCUUUCGCUGGUGGCGAUGCUGCAGUCCACAUGGCUGAGGAAGUAGGUAAUGCCGCUACUGCAAUUCCACACGCCAUACUCUUAUCCGUUGUCAUAAAUGGAAUCCUUGGGUUCGCGAUGUUAAUUGCCGCACUUUUCUGUAUGGGAAGCCUUGAGCAAGUCUUGUCAACAAAAACGGGUUACCCUUUCAUCGAAAUCUUUUAUCAAGGCACUGGCUCUGUUUCAGGGACAGUGGGAAUGUGCUCGAUUAUCUUGAUCAUUGCAGUGGCCUCGGGGGUGGGUAUGCUAGCAGCGACGUCUCGUCAGUUCUGGUCUUUUGCUCGGGACAAGGGGGUCCCGGGAUGGCGCUUAUGGAGCCAAUUCUCCUUAGUCUCGAUUCCGAGGUUCCAUUCUGACAUCGAAAAGGUCUCCUCCCAAAGCCUACCUCAUUAUGCCAUCUACCUUACGAUGACGAUUUCGUUCUUAUUGGCACUCAUCAACAUUGGCUCUGCGGUGGCCUUAAAUGAUGUCGUCUCUAUGGCUGUGUCCGCUCUCUACCUUUCCUACUUACUAGUUGGAUCUCUACUGUUAUACCGUCGUUGCAGAGGUGAUAUUUCCCUAUCCAACGAAAACGAUGAUAUGGCAAUCAAUAUCCCCGGAGCAAAGCUAGUGUGGGGCCCAUUCCGUAUCCCUGGAAUCUGGGGGAUUUUGGUCAAUGGCUAUGCUGUCAUUUACAGCCUUAUUGUCAUCUUCUUCAGCUUUUGGCCAAGCACAAUGCACCCUGAAGUAUCGGAGAUGAACUACAGUGUGGCACGUCAUAUAUACCAAGGCCCUGUUCUAGAAACAGUUCUUUGA